CGCCUCAGGCGGCAAUCCCAGCCUCGAGUCUCUGCGAUUACUGUCCAGAUGGCCAGACCCGUGCGCCUGCUCUCGGUGGUGGCUGUGCUGGCGGCCUCAGCAAGUGGCAUGCCGUGUCCCGCCUCGUGCCCACAUCAGCAGCAGGCGGCGGCUACUUCCCCGUGGCGGCUGAUGCUGCUGCCCCCCCGUGGGAUCAUCGUCCUCGUGCCGUGGUACAUACACAUGUGCCUCUCGCAGCAGUUCACAGCUGGAGCGCCUGCGUUGGCCGCACCAGUCCUGCAAGCAUCGGUGGCGUCAACGGAGAAACGUGGGUUGGGGUCUGCCACAACGGAAGAAGCCUUCGGCCUGCCGCAUUGGGAAGACCUGCUGCGCAACUUCAUCAUCGCUCCCGACGUACCGUGCGGUUUUGGCCAGCUGGGGAACGCGGGCGACCUGUGUCGCGAACCAGACGGUGAACAACACUGACUGCUCGGACCAGCUAAGCGAGGGGGUGACGUCGGCCUGCAGCGCUCUCUACGACGCACUGUUUGAAGAUAUUUGGGUGUGCUGGCUGUUGCCUUUCUACCACGGGACGAUGACUUAAUGCCAUCUCAGGAACUUUACUAGUGGCAACUAUUUAUUUACAGCUGGUACAAAAUAGAUACGUGUUUCAAA